AUGCAUCACAUCUUCUCCUUCGGGCUGGCAACUGGGAAGCAUGCCAUGGGCUCGGGUGAGCCUCUUGGUUCUCCCAUGCCAGACUUCCCUGGGACACCGGACAUCGAGGUCCUUGAUGGCCCUGACAAGCCCACUGCAAAGCCCUUCGACAAGCCAUUUGACCCCGUCCAUGAUAGGAAGAGGAAGAGAGGAGGCCUGAUGGAGGAGGAGAUCAAUGUCUUUUGCAGUAUGACCGAGGCGGUGAAGGAGGUGGCAACAACCAUCAGGGAGUGCAAGCCCCUCGACGUCCACCCUGACCUGUAUGGCGCUGUCAUGACCCAGGGUGGCUUCAGCGACGAGGCUCUCAUGGCAGCUCUCAGCCAUCUGCUUGACAACAAGGCCAAGGGUGUUGGGUUCGUUGCCAUGGCUGACGCUCACAGGGUGCUGUGGCUCAGGAGCUGGCUGGGCAAGCACUACUACUAG